GAUGACCUUCCAUCAGACUACAGAGGGGAUUUUAUUGCAUCCAGACUGGAAUUAGCCCAAAGAUUCUACUUGGAGUGGACAAUGAACAACAAUACUACUAAGUGCCAUGAUGAUCACACCCUGGAUAAGUAUUUGUUUCCAUUUGUGUACAGCAUUGUGAUGAUUAUCAGUAUUCCCAUCAACUGCAUAUCCCUCUUUGCAUCAUGCAUUCAAGUGAGGAAGAAGAAUGAGUUAGCAGUCUACAUCUUCAGCCUAUCCCUGGCUGACCUUCUGUACUCUUCGAUUCUACCUCUGUGGAUUGAUUAUGCCUGGAAUGGAGAUAACUGGAGGCACUCUGCCAUGCUUUGUCAGAUUUCUGCCUUCCUUAUGCAUAUGAAUUUCUACACCAGCACUGCGUUCCUUGCUUGCAUCUCUGUUGACAGGUACCUGGCAUUAGUUCACCCCUUGAAGCUCCAGCACUUGCGCACAAGAAGAUUUUCAGUUAUCGUCAGCAUAAUUGUUUGGCUUCUGGAAAGCAUCUUGAAUUCAGUCAUAUUGUUGCACAAAGAAGUAUUCAGUGAUCCUUGCAAUUCCACUAAUCAUUUGUUAUGCUAUGAAAAAUACCCCCUGGAAUUGUGGCAGGCACAGAUAAAUUUAUUGCGGAUAUGCUCAGGGUACUUGGUCCCUUUGAUAAUCAUCGUGUUUUGCUACCAUAGAAUCUACCAAGUAGUGAGGUAUAACCAAGCCACAGUCGAUGAAGAAAAGAAAAAAGUGAGGAAACUUAUUCUGAAUAUCACAGUUACUUUCAUUGUUUGCUUCACUCCUUAUCACAUUAUAUUGCUUAUUCGGAGCAUCAGUGAACCUUCCACCACUGACCCACACCUUUUGCUUUUGAUGUAUAAAGUUUACAGAAUCACACAGGCCUUAACAAGCUUGAAUUGCAUUGCAGAUCCCAUUCUGUACUGCUUUGUGAGUGAAACUGCACGAACAGACGUACUGAAUUUGUUCAGGUGUUGCUUGUGCCUACGAAAGCGUGAGGAAGACCAAGCGAAAGACAAUGUGCUCUGCAGUUCAGCUACAAAAAGUAGCAUGUUGACAACCUACAGAACUUCCUGUGAAACACAGACUGUCAAAAAUGCCUGA